AUGGCGAUCGCGGCAGUGGCCGCGCUGCUGCCGCUGCACAUCGGAUGCUCCGACGCGGCUCCCCGGCGUCCCGCUAGUUCCCUCAGAGCCCAUCCGCGGAAGGGCGGAAUCAGUGGGAGGCGGCGGAACCCGCCGUGCGCCGCCAGCUCGCUGCAUCCCGGCAGCAACCCGAGAGCGCACCACCAUGAUCCCGCCCCCAAAGCCCCCGGCGUCGGCGACGUUGGCGGGGUGAGGGGCUUGAACAGCGGCGCCACCGCCAAGCCCGAUCACGCGCCGCCAAGCCAGAGGAGGCGCGCCCCGCGCGACGUGGAGGAGGAGGCGUGGGCGCUCCUCCGGGAGUCGGUGGUGAGCUACUGCGGCAGCCCCGUGGGCACCAUCGCCGCGUGCGACCCCAACGACGCCAGCCCGCUCAACUACGACCAGGUCUUCAUCCGGGACUUCGUGCCCUCCGGCAUCGCCUUCCUGCUCAAGGGGGAACACGAAAUCGUCCGCAACUUCAUCCUCCACACGCUCCAGCUCCAGAGCUGGGAGAAAACAAUUGACUGUCAUAGCCCAGGCCAAGGGUUAAUGCCGGCUAGUUUCAAGGUGCGUGUUGUUCCACUUGAUGGCGGCGACGACGGUGCGACUGAGGAAGUCUUGGAUCCUGACUUUGGGGAGGCUGCUAUAGGCCGUGUGGCACCAGUUGAUUCAGGUUUGUGGUGGAUCAUACUACUGAGGGCAUAUGGAAAAUGUUCAGGGGACCUCUCAUUCCACGAGAGAGUGGAUGUCCAGACUGGAAUAAAACUGAUCUUGAAGCUCUGCUUAGCUGAUGGGUUUGACAUGUUCCCCACGUUGCUAGUCACUGAUGGCUCCUGCAUGAUGGACCGUCGAAUGGGUAUCCAUGGACACCCGCUGGAAAUUCAGGCUCUGUUCUAUUCAGCCCUCUUGUCUGCACGUGAGAUGCUUACCCCAGAAGAUGGAUCGGCUGACUUGAUCCGUGCCCUAAAUAGCAGGCUUAUGGCACUCUCUUUCCAUAUUAGGGAGUAUUAUUGGCUUGAAAAGAGAAAGCUAAAUGAAAUCUAUAGAUACAAAACAGAAGAAUAUUCUUAUGAUGCCGUCAACAAGUUUAACAUAUAUCCCGAUCAGAUUCCUCCCUGGCUAGUUGAAUGGAUCCCUCCGAAAGGGGGUUAUUUCAUCGGAAACCUGCAACCAGCUCACAUGGAUUUCCGAUUCUUUUCUCUAGGGAACUUGUGGUCUAUAGUAAGCAGUUUGGCAACAGCUGAUCAAUCUCAUGCUAUUCUGGAUCUAGUGGAAGCAAAAUGGUCUGAUCUUGUGGCAGAGAUGCCAAUGAAGAUAUGUUAUCCUGCUCUUGAGGAUCAAGAGUGGAAAUUUAUUACUGGGAGCGACCCUAAAAAUACACCUUGGUCAUACCAUAAUGGAGGUUCCUGGCCAACAUUGUUGUGGCAGCUCACGGUGGCAUGCAUCAAGAUGAACCGGCCCGAGAUCGCGGCAAGAGCUGUGGAGGUGGCUGAAAGCCGUAUUUCCACGGAUAAAUGGCCCGAAUACUACGAUACCAAGCGUGGGCGGUUCAUUGGCAAGCAGGCCAGGUUAUUCCAAACUUGGUCCAUUGCCGGCUUCCUUGUGGCCAAACUGCUGCUAGAAAAUCCUGAAAAAUCUAGAAUACUCUGGAACAACGAAGAUGAGGAAAUUCUUAAUGCUUUGAGUCUGAUGACUGGUCCAUCCAGUCCGAAGAGGAAGCGUGGCAGGAAGACCUAUAUUGUGUAAGUCCAACAGCAGUUCUAACCUCUAGGAUUUCAUGGAUGUUCCAUUUAGUUAUGUAAGAAUCGUCCACAUACCACUAGAUUUGUACAUAUUAAAGUGGAUGUUGUAGAGGAAAUGCCCAUUUUGAGAUGCUAUCAUGCUGUUCUAGUG